GCAGCCAAGGUGACAUCCACAUGAUGUCGGGGGUUUUUUUUUCUCUCUCUUUUUUCCUCUUUUUCUUUUUUCCUUUUCUUUUUGAACUGGUAGGGGCUUCUACGGAGCCAGAGAUGGCGCCGGUUAGGGGAGAUAGAGAAGCGUAUGAGACGAAAGAGAAACGUGAACAGCCGAGUCCCAGUCUCCGUAGAGGAGUGGUUUAACUAGGAGGAGCGUUGCUAUGCAUGUCGCAUGCCAUGGGGGACGGCCAAAGGCGUCUGGACAGGGCGGGACGGAUAGGUCGGAGGAAGAAAAGAAUGAAGCUCACUGGCCCCGGAGCUGCGUGCCCCCUGUCCAGAGCUGAACCGUCCCCUGCGUUGACGAAUUCGUU